UCGGAGGGGCUUUCGGAGAAAUGGCCGGAGUGAACGGCGGUCGGAAAGGGAAGAAGGAUGACAAUGGCAUUGGCUCGGCCAUCGACUUUGUGCUGUCCAACGCCAAACUGGUGCUGGGAGUGGGUGGGGCUGCCAUGCUUGGCAUUGCCACUCUGGCAGUUAAAAGAAUGUACGACCGAGCCAUCAGCGCCCCCUCCAGCCCCACCAAAAUGGACCAAUCAGGGAAAAGGAGCUGGGAGGAGCCUAGUUGGCUGGGGUCGUCACCACGGACACUGAACCGUGACAUGAAGUCAAACAUCAGUCGCUCCCUCCAAACACUCCCAACCUCAUCACACACCUUUGAACCUGACGCCCUGCGGCGAGCUGUCAGACGUCCUGGUUCUGCUGGCGUGGACCUGCAGCGUGCGAAGCUGCGUUUGUCACUGCAGGAGCACCUGUGGGCGUUUUACCGUGAGCGCGUGCUCAUCCCAGCGCAGGAGCAGGCGCAGGCGAGACGCGCAGCCCUGGACAUCUGCGCAGAGCUGCGUGUUUUCUUACACGCCAAACUGCCAGACAUGCCCCUCCGAGAGAUGUUUCUCAGUGGUAGUCUCUACGAUGACCUGCAGGUGGUGACGGCUGACCACGCCCAGCUGAUGGUCCCUCUGAUCUUGGAGAAGAACCUGUGGUCGUCGGUUCCAGGAGAGGACACCAUUAUGAACAUCCCUGGGUUCUGGCUGGUGCGUCGGGAGAACAUGGAGUAUUUCCCUCGUGGGAGCAGUUACUGGGAUCGCUGCCUGGUGGGUGGUUACCUGUCCCCCAAGAGUGUCCUCGAGGUUUUUGACAAACUGGUGACAGGUUCUAUAAACUGGCCUGCCAUCGGCAGCGUCCUGGACUACGUGAUCAGGCCUGUGGUUCCGUCUGAGACCCUCACCCUGGAGGUGCAGUAUGAGACGGACCGGCGUCUUUACGUGGACUUUCUCCCCCUGCUGGUGAUGGAGGACGGCGUGUCUCUGAUCGCCAAACCUCACCGCCUGGCCGCCGAGCGCCACCAGAACCUGUGGCGGCAGAGUUUCCGCGUGGCGGAGACGGCGCGACUGCGUGCGCUGGACCAGGAGGACGGGGGGUGUCGCUGCGUGUGCCUGAAAGUCGCCAAAGCCGUGUGUAAGCUCAACGCGCCGCUGACGCGCCUGAACGCCGGCCAGCUCACCAACGCUCUGCUGCUGCUCAGUGAGAGCGAGGGAGACUGGACCCAGGAGGCGCUGGCCCACCGCUUCCUCCAGCUGCUGCGUGCGUUAGUGGGCCACCUAGAGGCCGGGAGGCUGCCCUGCGCGCUGAGCCCCAAGGUCAACCUGUUCUGUGAACUGACGGCGCAGGAGGUGGAUGAGCUGGGCUACACCCUGUACUGCGCCCUGUCUGACCCAGAGAGCCUGCUCAGAACCGCGCUUUGUCACGACAGCCAAUCAUCAAUCAGCCAAUCGCGUUAGCAUGGAGAGUUCUGUUCGUCCCUCACACACACGCACCAAACAACACUGCCUCCCCUAGCCCAGCCCCCCACUACCACACCUCUGUCCCCCCGCUACCACACCUCUGUCCCCACGAUACCACGCCUCUGUCCCCACAUUACCACACCUCUGUCCCCACAUUACCACACCUCUGUCCCCACGGUAACACACCUCUGUCCCCACGGUACCACACCUCUGUCCCCACGAUACCACACCUCUGUCCCCACGAUACCACACCUCUGUCCCCACAUUACCACACCUCUGUCCCCCCGCUACCACACCUCUGUCCCCACGGUACCACACCUCUGUCCCCACGAUACCACACCUCUGUCCCCACGAUACCACACCUCUGUCCCCCCGCUACCACACCUCUGUCCCCACGCUACCACACCUCUGUCCCCACGGUAACACACCUCUGUCCCCACAAUACCACGCCUCUGUCCCCACGAUACCACGCCUCUGUCCCCACGGUAACACGCCUCUGUCCCCACGGUAACACGCCUCUGUCCCCACGGUAACACACCUCUGUCCCCACGGUAACACACCUCUGUCCCCACAUUACCACACCUCUGUCCCCACAUUACCACACCUCUGUCCCCACAUUACCACACCUCUGUCCCCACGAUACCACACCUCUGUCCCCACGAUACCACGCCUCUGUCCCCACAUUACCACGCCUCUGUCCCCACAUUACCACACCUCUGUCCCCACGAUACCACGCCUCUGUCCCCACGAUACCACGCCUCUGUCCCCACAUUACCACGCCUCUGUCCCCACAUUACCACACCUCUGUCCCCCCGCUACCACACCUCUGUCCCCACAUUACCACACCUCUGUCCCCCCGCUACCACACCUCUGUCCCCACGAUACCACGCCUCUGUCCCCACAUUACCACGCCUCUGUCCCCACGGUAACACACCUCUGUCCCCACAUUACCACACCUCUGUACCCACGGUAACACACCUCUGUCCCCACGGUAACACACCUCUGUCCCCACGAUACCACACCUCUGUCCCCACAUUACCACACCUCUGUCCCCACAUUACCACACCUCUGUCCCCACGGUACCACGCCUCUGUCCCCACGGUAACACGCCUCUGUCCCCACGGUAACACGCCUCUGUCCCCACGGUAACACGCCUCUGUCCUGUGUUUUUCCUCACUCAGAUCUGUGUUUGUAAGCCCAUUACACACACACACAUACACACACACACGUGUCAGUCAGGGAUAUCGUUCUGCUGCUUUGACUCC